AUGUCCUACACUACCAAGCUCAACGUUCCCGGGCACGGCGAGCUCGCUGUCCCCACCGGCCUCUUCAUUAACAACGAGUGGGUCGCUCCCUCGGGCGGCGAGACCUUCUCGUGCGUCAACCCCGCGACUGGCGAGAAGCUCGCCGACGUGGCGCACGCCUCCAAGGAGGACGUCGACAAGGCCGUCAAGGCCGCUCGCCACGCCUUUAAGACUGUCUGGGGCACCAAGGUCGCCGCCACUGUCCGCCAGACCGCUCUCCUCAAGUACGCCGACCUCAUUGAGCGUGAUGCUGAGAAGAUUGCCGCCCUCGAGUCCCUCAACUCGGGCAAGGGUAUCCGUAUCGCUCGUGACGCCGACAUCGCCGACUCCGUUGCUUGCCUGCGCUACUACGCCGGUAUCGCUGACAAGGUCUUUGGCCAGACCAUCGACUCGUUUGGCGAGGAGAAGUUCUGCUACACCCUCCACCAGCCUAUCGGUGUCUGUGGUCAGAUUAUCCCCUGGAACUACCCCUCCUUGAUGUUCUUCUGGAAGGUCGCCCCCGCUCUCGCUGCCGGCUGCACCAUUGUCAUGAAGCCCUCGGAGCUCACUCCCCUCACCGCCGGUGUCUUCUGCGACCUUGCCAUUGAGGCCGGUUUCCCUCCUGGUGUCCUCAACCUCGUACAGGGUCUCGGUGCCACCACCGGUGACGCCAUCUCCCGUCACCUCGACAUUGACAAGGUCGCCUUCACUGGCUCUGUUGCUACUGGCCGCCGCAUCUCGAUCGCCGCUGCCGAGUCCAACCUCAAGAAGGUUACCCUUGAGCUGGGCGGCAAGUCCCCCCUUCUUGUCUUUGACUCGUCGGACAUUGAGGAGGCCGCCGACUGGACUGCCCUUGGUAUCUACUUCAACUCGGGCCAGGACUGCUGUGCUUCGUCGCGUGUCUACGUUCAGGAGAGCAUCUACGAGAAGUACCUCGCUGCCCUGAAGAAGCGUGCCGAGGCCUGCGCCAUCGGUCUCCCCUCGGACGAGAAGACCUCGUUCGGUCCCCUCAUCUCGGCCGGCCAGCGCGACAAGGUCAUCAACUACAUCGAGUCGGGCCGCUCCGAGGGUGCCCGUGUCGUCACCGGUGGCCAGAAGUGGCCCCAGUCCAACGGCGGCUUCUUCGUCGAGCCCACUAUCCUUGCCGACGUCACCCCCAACAUGAAGGUCGUCCAGGAGGAGAUCUUCGGCCCCGUCGUUGUCGUUGCUCCCUUCAAGGACGAGGCCGACGCUCUCGAGCUCGCCAACAACACCACCUUUGGUCUCGCCGCCGCCGUCUUCACCAACGACACCCGCCAGGCUACCCGUGUGUCGGCCGCGCUCGACGCCGGCACCGUCUGGGUCAACCAGGCUGCUCUCCUCCACGCCGGUGUUCCCUUCGGCGGCUUCAAGCAGUCGGGUAUCGGCCGCGAGCUGGGAACUUAUGGACUCGAAGCUUAUACCCAAGUAAAGGCAGUUCACAACAACCUUACCCAGACCAUGCCCUGGCCCAUUUAA